AUGCCGCAAUCUGCCCUCCUCCUCGGCUCCGGCUUUGUCGCCGCCCCUACCGUCAAGGUCCUCGCUGACGCCGGUGUGCACGUUACUGUUGCCUGCCGUACGCUGGCCGCCGCCCAGAGCCUUGCUGGUGGCUUUUCCAACACCAAGGCCGUCAGCCUCGACGUCAACGAUACCUCGGCUCUGGAAGCUGCCGUGGCUCAACACGAUGUCACCAUCUCGUUGAUCCCCUACACAUACCAUGCCAUUGUGGUCAAGGCAGCUAUCAAGGCCAAGAAGCAUGUAGUCACUACAUCCUACGUCUCGCCCGCGCUGCAGGAACUGCAUGAGGAGGCCAAGGCUGCAGGUAUCACUGUCAUGAACGAGAUCGGACUCGACCCUGGUAUCGACCAUCUCUACGCUGUCGACCUCAUCGACCGUGUCCACAAGGCAGGAGGCUCCGUCCGUGCCUUCAGGAGCUUUUGUGGCGGUUUGCCCGCCCCAGAGAACUCCGAUAACCCUCUAGGGUACAAGUUCAGCUGGAGCAGCCGUGGAGUUCUGUUGGCGCUGAAGAACGACGCCAAGUACGUGUUGGACGGCAAGGACCUGCACGUCAAGGGUGUCGAGCUUAUGGCGACAGCCAAGCCGUACCACACUGGCUUCCUCGGCUAUAACUUCGUUGCCUACGGAAACCGUGACAGUACUGGCUAUCGCGAAAGAUACAACAUCCCCGAGGCGCACACCAUUAUGCGUGGCACUUUCCGUUACGCCGGCUUCCCGGAGUUCGUUAAAGUCCUCGUUGACCUCGGCUUCCUCCGUGAGGAGGAGCAGAGCUUCUUGAAAGAGCCAAUUGCCUGGAAGGAAGCUACUAAGCAGCUGCUUGGUGCCAGUUCAUCCAGCGACGAUGACUUGGUGCAGGCGAUCUCGUCCAAGACAUCUUUCAAGGAUGCCGAAGAGAAAGGCCAAUUGGUUGCUGGUCUGAGGUGGCUCGGAAUCCUUUCGGAUGCCAAGAUUACGCCGAGAGGAAACCCCCUGGACACACUUUGUGCUACCCUUGAGCAGAAGAUGGCGUAUGAGGAGGGUGAGCGUGACUUCGUGUUCCUCCAACACAAGUUUGAUAUCGAGAACAAGGACGGCAGCAAGGACAUCAUCACCUCUACCCUUUGCGAAUAUGGUGCCCCCAUUGGAUCUGGCGGUUACUCGGCAAUGGCAAAGCUGGUCGGCAUUCCCUGCGCUAUCGCUGUUAAGCAAGUCCUUGAUGGCACCAUCUCAGAGAAGGGUGUCCUCGCCCCAAUGCACCCCAGCCUCAACACACCCUUGAUGAAGGAGCUGAAGGAGAAGCACGGAAUCGAAUGCAUUGAGAAGAUCAUUACAUAA